AGAAGCCCCCGCGCACCCGGAAGCUGUGACGUUGCAUUCCGGGAGGAAGACGGAGAGGAGAGGUGAACAAGAUGAUGAAGAGUAAAGCAGACGAGGAAGACUACUGGAACAGCUCCAAGUGCAAUGCCUUCACCUUCGACGACACCGAUGAUGAGUUCAGCAGGCUGAAGGAGUCCAAGAAGGCGGUGAGCAGCAUCGGGACGCUGAUGGGAGAAGAUGGCGAGGACGACUGGGAGAAGUUCAGCUGGAGCGGCGAGCCGGUCGGCAGUAUAUCGUGGUCUGUCAAAGAGAUGGCGGCGUCCAAUCAGAAGACGGACAGGGAGCCCGCCUUCCCCAAGAUCUCCACGGAGACGCCGCCGCUCAACAAAAGCCAGUCGGGCCUUUCUCUGAGCUCUCUGUUCAAAGGGAAAGGCAAAGGAGGAAACCUGCAGAGCUUCAGCGACAUUCUCGGCGACUCGUCCCUCCGCCUCUACACCCCCGAGCUGCGAAAGCCCAAAUCAGAGUACAAGGAUCUGGUUGGUGAUUGGUCGGCGGAGGAGACGGUUCAGAGGCUGCAGCAAGGAAAGGGCGUGUCUCUGGAGAAGUUUCGCUCGCUGCAGGACAAACUGCUGCUGCUGGAUCUGGCCGUCGCCGCUCACGACGGGAACGCUAUCACUGCCGUUCUGAUCUAUCUGAAGAGGACUCUCUGCAAAGAGGUUUUAUUCCGGGAGCUGGAGUCCAGAACGACGGCCCUGAGACACUUCAUCCACUACCUGACUGAGACCAGGGAGCAGAGGCUGCUGCUGGAGCUGCUCAGAGCUCUGGGCCGGACCGAGGACGCUGCGCUGCUUCAGUAUAAGGAAUACAAGAGCAUCACAGAUGAAAACAAGAGGCGGGACUUCCUGAAGAGCUGUCUGAGCCUCCCGUUUGCUGCUGAGGACGCGGCUCACGUUCUGGAUCACUACACUCUGCUGGAGAGGCAGAUCAUCAUCGAGGCAGCAGACCGGAAGGCUGAACGUGAAGGAAAGGUGGAAAUCUUCCAGAAGUUUCCCAGAAAAGCCUCCAUCCUCAACAUGCCGCUGAUCACGACUCUGUAUUACUGCUGCUUCUACCACUACACCGAGCCGGAGGGAACCUUCAGCAGUCCGGUGAACGUCCGUCAGACAUUCAAGAUCUCAGAGAAGCAGUACUUUACGACGGCGCUGGCGGCGCGGGCCAAGCUGAAGGCCUGGCUGGACGUGGACGCUCUGUUCAACAGCAGGAACUGGCUGGGCUUCACCAAGAAGAAAUCACCGCUGAGCUUCCAGCGGGUCGUCGACAUCCUGCAGAAAAACUCCGCCCCUACACAUGUGCUGCAGGACUACGUCGGCCUGGUCAGCGACGCGGAGCUGAGGAUCAGUUUGGCUCAGAAGCACAAAUGUCACGACAUCGUCAUCAACACGUACCGGGACAUGAAGGACCGGCAGCUGUUGGCACAAUAUCGGAAGAAGGUGGAGCAGGGUUCACCGGAGGAGAGGAAGAUCGACGAGCUGCUCAAUAACUCGCAAAUCCGAUGGAAAAACUGAUGGCGGCUUGCAGCUUCAGACUUUUAUUGUGAAAUUGAGGUGCCAGCUUUCUGUCUGAGACGGCAAACCCAUCGCCGUGACAACAGGCAUGACCAAUCGGCUCACGCCGGCUCCAGUUUUGGUGAUGGCCUGAGAAGGAUCACUGGCACUGAGCAGAAAGUGGGCGGAGCCAGCUUUCCUGUUGAAAGAACUUUCUAUAAUAUGUUAAUAUAAAAGGUAAAAACUGUAAAAAUGAUGAAGGAGAGAGGAGGAGGAGGUGUUUGUGGACGUCAGAGCUGAUAAUGUCCCAGUGAAGCUGUCCCCAGAGUGUCCAUAGCGCCUGUUAGGACCUCAGGCCAGUACAGGUCCCAGGUGUGAGUCCAUGUUUACAUUUACCAAUGUGUUUAUGAGCAUCUGUGAGGAAUAAAACUGUGAUAAAAGCACGAAAUGAGAAAAA